UGCUACGCGGAUCGAGCUAUUGCCGAGGGAGGUGUUAGUGUCAGUGAAAAUAAAGGGCCUCUAGAGGCAACGUUGCUGUAGUUGAUGACUCUGCAUAUGACGGUGCUUACCUUUGGUGAAAAACAGUGUGCAUGUGUUAUUCUAAAGUUUUAUUUCGCGCUUUACAUUGGCGAUUUUGCUGACCGAACGGAUAGGAUUUUACUUUCGCGUUCUCUUUGUGCGGCCGCCGCGUUGGCUAAGUGUGUUCUGAGGCAAGCCUUAUUUGAUCAACCGGUUCCGAACCGUUCUAUGUGAAUUGUUUGCGUAUCCUACUACGAUCAUCCUGAAGCCCGCAAGGAAGCACGAUGUAUCAACGCAAAACGCAGUUAAUAUUGCUGCUGGCAACAGUCGGCCUACUAAUCAGAACAACUGCGUCGUCGUCGUUAUCGGAGCGACAGGACUGCACAGCAGUUGCAAAGGAUGAGGAAACGAUGCUGGUCUUUUCGACGCUCGGCGGCGGACUGACGGCCAUCGAGCCGCUGACCGGCGAGACACGUUGGUCGAUCGACGACGAACCGACGAUCCGUGUGCCGACCCCGUCCUCCAUGAGCGCACACUAUCUGCCCGAUCCGCGGGACGGCAGCCUCUACCGGAUGAACGGUCUCGAAGGAGGUCUGAAGAAACUCCCGUACACCAUUCCGCAGCUGGUGGCCAGUGCACCGUGUCGAUCGAGCGACGGGAUUCUGUAUUCUGGCAAAAAGAGUGACGUUUGGUUUCUGAUCGAUCCGAAAACGGGAAAACGUGAGAAGGUGCUAGGUUUCGGCGGACCACUGCCGUCGCAACAGCCACCAGCCACUCGCGAUGGAGUCGGCACGGGAGCUAGAUCGGAUGCAAUCGGUUGGGCCACGUCUCGAGCCGUCUAUUUAGGCCGCACUCAGUACACCGUCAUGAUGUAUGACAGCCAAGCCAACGAUGGCAACAGCAAACCUUGGAACGUAACGUUUUUCGACUAUACAGCUCACACGAUGGCGCCGGAGCUGACCAAGGAGUACGAGUUCCUUCACCUCACCAGCAGUUCGUCGGGGCUAACGGCCACGUUCGAGCAGAAGAAAGGCACUCCGCUUUGGCAGAAGGAUCUUUCCAGUCCGGUGGUGGCAGUGUUUGUGCUCAGUUCCGAAGGUCUGCUGAGUGUUCCUUUCCAGACCGUCUCCGAUGAGGUGCUGCAGGAGGUGAACGAGCGAGCGAAAAGUGGCAACUACGAUGAUCUCAAAUUAUUUGAAACCGUCUAUGUUGGUGAGGCGGGAAACAACCUGUACGCGAUCCCUUCGCUGGUAGAUAAGAGUACCGCCACAUUGCCCUCCGAACCGUCCAUCAAUUUACUGGGGGGUCCGUCCAAAACCGGUCCACUAAGCACACUCGUUGAUCGCGAACGCGACGGCGCCGGCGAUGAUCGUCCCAGCCGAGAGCUCAUCUCAAAAUCUCGUGCACGAGGUAAAAACGAAAACAUCAUCAUUCUAGGCCACUACCAAACGCCCAAAAUAGAUGACCGCAUCAAGCUCGACAUUGCUCCGAGUUCACCCUCGUCGAUGGGACGAGGUUUCUGGAAGCACCAUGAGCUUUCGACACUACUGGUGGCCGAUCACUUUGAUUCGCCCAGCGUCGGGUUACCAAAGCUGGAACGCAAACACCUGAACACAAUCGGUAUGCAAACGGAACCGGAGGACAAGAUCGAGUUCGGUGAAACGAACGAAACAAAGACCGAUGAUGCGAGUGGUAGAAGCGAUCAAAUCCGGGCGAUGGUCAAACAAAUUUAUCGAUACACACUACGCUGGCUUGAUGCGCAGCCGAACAAACUGCCCACGAUGUUGCUACUCACGCUGCUGUGUAUGGUGAUCGUUGGCUUUUGGUAUUUCCAUCGGCAAAUGAAAGCGCUGCAGGAACAGAGCCAGGGCGGAUCGCAGUCGAGCAACUCCAACCGAAGUGGCGCUGGAAAUGGUAGUGGCAGUACCGGCGGGAGCUACAGUGAACCGAUAGACUUCGGUGAUGGUGAAAUGCGCGUGGGAAAGAUCAACUUUAACGUACAGAAUGUGCUCGGCAAGGGUUGCGAGGGAACGUUCGUGUUUCGGGGUAGCUUCGAGAAACGGGAAGUGGCCGUAAAACGCAUCCUACCCGGGUGUUUCACGUUGGCCGAUCGCGAAGUGGCGCUGCUGCGAGAGAGCGAUGCGCACGAAAAUGUGGUGCGUUACUUUUGCACCGAGCAGGAUCGACAGUUUCGGUACAUUGCCGUCGAGCUGUGUGCCGCUACGUUGCAGGAUUACGUUGACGGUAAAGCGUCGUCAGCGGUCCCAGCAGCAACGACAGUGACGGUGUCUCUGUUGCGACAGAAAAUCUCUGCCCUCGAUAUCCUACGCCAAGCCACGAGCGGACUUAUGCACCUCCACGCACUCAGCAUCGUUCACCGGGACAUUAAACCGCAAAACAUCCUCCUCUCCCUGCCCGACAAUCGACAGCGCGUGCGGGCCAUGAUCUCGGACUUUGGGCUGUGCAAGAAACUGAACUACGGAAAGGUGAGCUUCUCGCGUCGCUCGGGUGUGACCGGUACCGACGGAUGGAUCGCCCCUGAAAUGCAGCGUGGCCAGCGUGCCACUACGUCGGUAGACAUUUUCUCGCUUGGGUGCGUGUUCUAUUAUGUGCUGUCGGAUGGUUUUCACCCGUUCGGCGACAACCUCAAGCGGCAGGCAAACAUACUCUCCGGUGAGUUCGAUCUCGCUAUGCUGCGGCGCGAAAAUCCACUUCCGGACAACCGGACCGUGCUGGCGGAAGAGAUCGUACACGAUAUGAUUCGAAGCGAUGCGUCGAAGCGACCUUCGGCCCGUGCAAUCGCAAAUCAUCCACUGUUCUGGAGCAACGAACGCGUGCUGGCGUUCCUGCAGGAUGUGAGCGAUCGGGUGGAAAAGUCAGAAAUUAUGGCCGAACCCCUGCGAUCGCUGGAGAAAAACGCACGCUUUGUGGUACGGGAAGACUGGAGCCGCCAUCUGGACGCAGAAGUAACGGCUGAUCUUCGCAAGUUCCGUGGCUACCAGGGGUACAGCGUGCGUGACCUGUUGCGCGCCUUAAGAAAUAAGAAACAUCACUACCACGAAUUGACGCGGGAAAUGCAAUAUGCCCUGGGAACGAUACCACACGAGUUCACCGACUAUUGGAUCAGUCGAUUUCCGCGGCUUCUUUCGCACAGCUAUCAUGCCCUGGCAGACAACUCAAGGGAACCGAUCUUUCGUCAGUACUACAACGACGAGGAAGAUAGUCACACCGGUGGUGGACCACCGGGGGGCCCUCACGGAGGAUAUAAGUUCACGAAACCAGUCUACUUCCUUCGGGAUGAUAAUGACAACUGCGAGCUGCUACGCUACUACGAACUCGCGCAAGCCAUGAAAACGAGUACCAAGAGUCCCAAACGACGAAUGGUCGGUGACGGAGGUAGCGGGGAAGCGGGGAAGAUGCUUACCGGCGGCCACAACAACAAACGGGGAACGUACAAUUUUGGCAAAACCGUGUCCGGCGGGUUCAUUACACGCCAGCAAGUUCGUGAGAACGACAGCGGGACAUUGGACGAUCGACGCGCCUCGGUGCAGGGAGCUGACGCUGGAGGGGAGAACGAUGCGAUCUCAGAUGGAGGUGUUAAUCAACGGCGUAGGUAUGUUACUGGCACUGGCCCUGGAAACCCCAAUAGUGCCUCUGUCACCACCGCUAAUCAGAACAACACUGUCAAACGCCGUGAAGCACAAACGAAAGUCACGUGGAAUUUAGAUGGUAUGGCCGCCUCCCGGCCCGAAUAGGAUUGUAGGCAGCGAGAAAAUGUUAGAAUCUCUGUUUGAUUUUCGAGUACGGCAGAGAUGCAGAUAAUUUUCUAAUCGAAAGGUUAUAAACUUAGUACUUUUCUAAUUUCUAAUUUUGAUAGUUCUGUCGAACGAACAUGGUUGAAAGAGCAAUGGAGGAGACACUUUUUAAAAGUAUAUUUUCGUAAUAUUAUUUAGUAAUUUUCUAUGUUACGUCCACGCGUAUACUAUGGUAGAAAAACGUCUGUUGUAGCUCAUCCCUGUUCCAUGUCUAGUUUACCACUGUGUUAUGAGUUCUACGUACGUAAGCACAUGUUUGACCAUCACUUAUCACGAAAGACCCCCGUGUCCGGCGUGUCACGUUGCGAAACCUGUUGCACCAUUGAACACACACAAGAGUUGGCGGUUUAUUACUACAAUGAGAUCGCUUAUUGGCGGCGCACCCCGGUUAAGUAGGGUAAUCAAUUUACUAGUUUAAGAAACUAUGGUUGCCCCAAACAUUCCUAUCAAUAUCCGCCUUGAAACUAAUAUGAACCCCUCCUUGUGAACACGGGGUUUUUAUCCAGCGGCCAACGAAAGAAUGUGCCCCUUUCCUAACCUGUCCUAACCUUUUGUAAGAAAAACGUGAAAUAAUGACCAGAGACGCGGGAAAAUCUUUUACGACCUUGUCUGUGAUAUCGUGGUUAGCGUUUAAGGAGCGGGCAUUUAAUUGAGAGGGAAUAUUUGUAAACGAGCAUAACUUGCUAGUGAUUAACUUGUUUAGGUAAUACACAAGCUCAGACAUUGUUCCAGCGGCGGUUUCAUGGUUACAACCGACAGCACACCACUGGCCGGUAAGCAGCACAAUGCGUUCAACGACCAGUCCAAACGGAGUGUAAAUAUUUAUUCAUUGUUUUGUGCUAAAUAAA